AUGACUCCUGCCCUCUCAGUCCUGCUGUGCCUCGGGCUGUGUCUGUGCAAGAGGACAAGGACCCAGGAAGCAGACAGACUCCCCAAACCCUCCCUCAGGGCAGAGAAUGGCUCUUUGGUGCCUGAAGGGGGAGCUGUGACCCUCAGGUGCAGGGGGUCAUGGGAGGCUGAAGAGUGGCUGCUGGAGAAAAAGCGAGAAUCUCAAUGGUUACAGAUCAAAGCUGUGAGAAAAGCUGGAAAUGAGGGCGAGUUUUCCCUCCCAUCCGUGACAGCAUAUGAUGCAGGGACCUACCAGUGCCUCUACCGACUUUCAUCCUACCAGUGGUCAGAGCCCAGUGACCCCCUGGAGCUGGUGGUGACACGCCUCUCUUCUCAGCCCUCCCUGGCAGCCCUGCCCAGCUCUGAGGUGGCCCCAGGACAGGACGUGACCCUGCAGUGUUGGUCAGACUGGUGGCAUGGCUGGUGCGUCCUGUACAAGGAUGGAGAAGAGAUCAGCCGCAGCAAAACCCAAAGCCAUGGAAGGGGGUAUCAGGCCGACUUCUUCUUCCCUGCUCUGAAUCUCACCCAUGGUGGCAUUUACCAAUGCUACGGCUUUCAUAGUUCUUCCCCCUAUGAGUGGUCACCCCCCAGCACCCCCCUGGUGCUCAGGGUCUCAGAGACCUUCUCUACAAGUCCUGAAUCUGAGAAGAGACCCUCAGCUUCCUCAGGUCUCUCCUGCCUCCAAGUGGGCAUCCUGGUGGGUGUCUCAGCCUUCCUCAUCCUGACCUUCCUCUUCCUCUCCCUUGUUUGCCUUCACCACCAUCGGUAUCGGCCCAGAUUGGGGAAAGGGGACAGAGAGACAGACAUCAAGACCACCAGGAGCUCAGAACCAGCUGGGAGCACUCUAAAGGAGAUCAUGUAUGCUGCUGUGAUUGAUGACAGACAGACAGAGGAGGCUGGACAAGAGGACACAGCCGCUCUCCAAAGAGAAGACCCUCAGGAGGUGACCUACGCCCAGGUGAACCACAAGAGCCUCAAGUGUGGGGCUGAGCCCCCUCCCCAAUCUGGACCAGUGGAGCCCAGUGUCUAUGCUGCCCUCCGGCUGAAGAGGGAAACCAAAGAUUGGUAUUAUGACAGGGUAGUUCUCAGGGCCUCUUCUUCUGGAACUGCUAAUGGGGAAAGAAACCUGUCGGUCAAGCAAGAAGUGUUCCAUCAUUCUGAACACCAGAUGACUCACCAACCACCUUGGCUGUAUCUCUGCAAGGGGACAAGGACCCAGGCAGCAGGGACCUACCAAUGCCUCUACAGAUAAUCAAACUAUGGGUGGUCAAAGCGCAGUGAACCCCUAGUGCUGGUGGUGACAGGUGAGAAUCUCGUAUUCCGAGCCCUCUGGUCCUUUACGGUGGUGGCCACUGAAUCUUAUUUGAUCCUGACUGUGGCAGCCUAA